AUAUUGUUGGGUUGUUGGUUUUAAUAAACAGGGUAAAAACAGAACCUUUUUUUUAUUUUUUAUUUUUUAUUUUUUAUUUUUCUUGUUUUGCAUCUUCACCUUCCCGUUAGGCCUCUUUGCUUCUUUACUUCGAAGGGUUCUCAAAUCUUUGCUUCUUUGAGGGUUUUCUUCUUCAAAAGUUAUGAACUUUCACUUUUUGGCGGGUUUUCAAGAUACAUGGUAAGAGUAGCUGAAAUUGCGUUCUUUGAGGAGUGAGAAGACAAGAUGAUUGCAGAGAAACCUCUUUGGGUUAGACAUGAAGGAAUGCAGAUUUUCUCCGUUGAUGUUCAGCCAGGUGGGCUUAGGUUCGCUACUGGUGGAGGUGACCACAAGGUUCGGAUAUGGAACAAAAUAUCUGUUAGCAGAGAUUUGGGAAAUGAUGAAUCCUCACAGAGACUUCUUGCAACCUUGCGUGAUCACUUUGGAUCUGUCAACUGUGUUAGGUGGGCUAAGCAUGCUCGAUAUCUUGCAUCAGGGUCUGAUGAUCAGGUAAUUUUGAUUCACGAGAGAAAGCCUGGAUCUGGAACCACUGAGUUUGGUAGCGGAGAGCCCCCAGACAUUGAGAAUUGGAAAGUUGCAAUGACUUUGCGAGGACACACUGCUGAUGUGGUGGAUCUUAAUUGGUCUCCAGAUGACUCAAUACUGGCCAGUGGGAGUUUGGAUAAUACCAUCCAUAUAUGGAAUAUGAGCAAUGGUUUCUGCACUGCUGUACUUAGGGGCCAUUCAAGUCUUGUUAAAGGAGUUGCCUGGGAUCCAAUUGGGUCCUUCAUAGCAAGCCAAUCUGAUGAUAAGACUGUCAUUAUAUGGCGAACAAGUGACUGGAGUCUUGCUCACAGGACAGAAGGCCACUGGGCAAAAUCGCUUGGAUCUACAUUCUUUAGGCGGCUUGGAUGGUCUCCUUGUGGCCAUUUUAUAUCUACCACUCAUGGUUUCCAAAAGCCAAAGCAUUCUGCACCUGUUCUAGAGAGAGGAGAAUGGGCUGCCACUUUUGACUUCCUAGGCCACCAUGCCCCGAUUAUUGUUGCAAAAUUUAAUCACUCAAUGUUCAGAGCUAAUACUGGGAAUGCACAAGAAGCUAAUGGUUGGGCUAAUGGGGCCACUCAACCUGAAGGGAGAGAAUCACAGCCGUACAAUGUUAUUGCUAUCGGAAGUCAGGACCGUACCAUAACUGUAUGGACAACUGCAUGUCCACGUCCUCUCUUUGUUGCCAGACAUUUCUUUAGUCAAAGCGUUGUUGAUUUAUCCUGGAGUCCUGAUGGCUAUUCAUUGUUUGCCUGUUCCUUGGAUGGGACAGUGGCUACAUUCCAUUUUGAGGAUAAAGAACUUGGGUACAGGCUGAGUGAUGCUGAACUUGAUGAGCUAAAGAGAAAUCGUUAUGGUGAUGUGAGAGGCCGACAAGCAAACUUAGCGGAGAGCCCAGCACAGUUACUGCUUGAAGCAGCUUCAGCCAAGCAAACUCUGACCAAAAAAGUGGCUCCAUAUGUUCAGCAAAAUCAGAUACCCAUAAAGCCCCCUGUUGAGUUGGUGGUUACAAACAAAGCCUCUGAUUCUCAGAAUGGCGAUGGGAAGGAGAGUGCGGGUGCUGCAAACGAUGGAGAAGCUCCUGUCAGGGGAAUGAUUGGCAAAGUCUCUAAUUUAAAGGAGUGUUCAGGUGUCACUGCCAGGGCUACUGUUACAGAGAGCCUGGUUAUUGAGAAAGUUCCAGUCUCUUCUGGCCAAGAUGGAAGCAUCAAUAUAGAACACUUUGGGAGUGUGAAGUCAUCAGGUUCUGUACCUGCAUCAACUAGAGCUCUUUCAAUUAGGGUAUUUGACAUAAAAGAAGAUGAAGCUGCAGUGCCAGUUUGCUUGGAAGCUUGUCCCAGGGAACAUGCUGUAAAUGAUAACGUUGGCAUUGGAAAUGCAUGCAUGAUAAAAGAAACAGAAAUUGUUUGCACAAGGGGAGCUGACACUCUUUGGUGUGAUCGGAUCUCAGGGAAAGUGACUGUUUUAGCUGGAAAUGCAAACUUCUGGGCUGUUGGAUGUGAAGAUGGGUGUCUACAGGUUUACACCAAGUGCGGAAGACGCGCCUUGCCAACAAUGAUCAUGGGGUCUGCAGCAACAUUUAUAGAUUGCGAUGAGAGCUGGAAACUAUUACUAGUUACGAAGAAAGGAUCCUUGUAUUUGUGGGAUAUUUUUAAUAGAAAAUGUCUCCUUCAUGAUUCCUUGGCAUCUCUGAUCACUUCUGACCAUAACUCAUCUGCUAGAGGAGCAGGUACAAUCAAAGUUAUAUCUGCAAAAUUAUCAAAAUGUGGCUCUCCUCUUGUUGUCUUGGCUACACGGCAUGCAUUUUUCUUUGACAUGAAUCUCAUGUGUUGGUUGAGGGUGGCAGAUGAUUGCUUCCCUGCAUCAAAUUUUUCUAGUUCUUGGAAUUUGGGUUCAAUUUAUACUGGUGAGCUGGCUGCAUUGCAGAUUGAUGUUAGAAGAUUUUUGGCAAGAAAGCCAGGUUGGGGCAGGAUAACAGAUGAUGGAGUUCAGACACGUGCUCAUUUGGAAGCUCAAUUGGCUUCCUCUUUGGCUUUGAAGUCUCCUAAUGAAUACCACCAAUGUCUUCUGUCCUACAUCCGCUUCCUAACGAGAGAAGCAGAUGAGUCUCGUUUACGAGAAGUUUGUGAAGGUUUUCUUGGGCCACCAAGUGGCAUGGCAUCAGAUUCAGAUAAUCCAGUUUGGGAUCCCUGUGUGCUUGGAAUAAGAAAGCACAAACUUCUAAAAGAAGACAUUCUUCCAGCAAUGGCAUCAAAUAGAAAAGUUCAGAGGUUGCUUAAUGAGUUUAUGGAUCGCCUCUCUGAAUACGAAAAUGCAGAAAACAAUCUAGACCAGGAGCUUCCCUCGCCUCCAGUUACAACUCCAGCAGCAACUGAUCAGAUCAAUUCUACCCCGCCAGCAGUUGAUAAAACAGAUCCUGUUGCACUUGCAACAGAUCAUAACAACACUGCUUCCCUUCCUACAGAUCAAGCGAAUGCUACAACAACAGCAACCGAUCAAGUAAACUCAAGUCCCAUAGUAACAGAUCAAGUAAAUGAGGCUCCAUCACCGAAGGACUCAAGUUCAUGAAUUCUUACAUUUAAUCAUUUAACAUCAUAGUUCAUGCAGGUAAUGCAUACUGACUAGUGUACUUGUAGGGCAGAGUAGUUAGAGAUCCUUCAUUUUACACCACCAUCUGAUCUCGGUGAAUACUCAGCUGAAGUUCAUAGGCUCAUCUUUGAAGCUUUACCCAUCACUUGGUAUGUAACAAAGAAACCUUACGUGUCAGUUAAAAAUUAUAAUUUUCUUCAUAAUAUCUUGUUCAAUUUUAACCAUGAUGUCAGCUAAACUAUCUUAUUUAUCU